AUGACCCCUGAUGUACCAAGCGGGUCUUCUUCUUGGGGUGCACGCCGCCACUCAAAUGAUGAGCUGAAGGAUUUUGUUGACGUUGAAUGUCCUUCCACACCGUUACUCAGUGAUGCCUGCUCCGACUCCAGCUUCAGCUUCGUGGAGCCAUUCAGCUCACCUGAAGCUACUACCGAGGUCCUCGCACGGGCAAAAGGUCGCAAGAGCGCCGACCAGCAGAUCAUUGAAGAGGAGGCCUCCAGGAGCAGCAGAAAUGUGCUGCUUUCAUAUCCUCCAGAACAAGCCAGCCUGGAUCAGCAAGAGCUGCAACUCGAUGACGAUGAGUGUCCAUCAGUGAGCGCUCCUUCAGAUACUGGCCAGCAGGAGGCCACACACGCGCAAAACGAUGUGCAAUACACAGAAGCUAAGCUACGCGCUUUGGAAGACCUGCUUGUUGCUGAAAGUCAAAAGCUGUCCUCUGGUGCACCAAGACACCCUCAACUUACACCGAACAUUCGGGAAGUACAGACCACCGAGCACGCGAUCCCACCGGGUAAACAUGCCCUAUCUCACACAGCAACAACCACGGUCCUUGACGAGCGGCCCAUGCGACCGAUGGUCCAGCUUUCGAUAACCGCAUUUAAGACAGUCUUCGAGCGACAUCCUGUGUCUCUAGCAGGUGCAGACGCGCAGCAGAACGAAGCUCAGCUAUCAAACAGCUCCACACCAGAUGCUAGUCUCCCUGACGGCGGUCUCACGCCUCUAGCCAUCGUUGUCAUUGUCAGCGCCUGGGUAUUGUGCGCGCUGUUGCGCUCGCUUGUUCGAUCAAUGGCAAAUGGUGAGUCAGUUCAGGGAGGCUGGAUUGUUGAGGAUCUGACGGUUGCGAUCGUGUCGGCGGUAAUGACGUGCAUUGGAUUCCACGUCUCGCUCGCUGAACGCAUCGAGGCCUACGAAGAAUAG